AUGGACAUAAAAACUCAUGGAGAUAAAGACACUUCAAUAGGCAGCACCUUACCAUCCCAUUUGGCUGCAAAUACACGAGAAAAUAGUGACCAAAAUAUCACCAGUGGUUGGAUAAGGAAAAUUGUGAGUGGAACUGAUGCUCAAGCGUGCUAUAGUCAAGGCUUAAUACCACCUCACAUCAGUCAAAUUUAUGAUGAAUUAUUUGUCAUACAUCAGAAACUUCAGAGAGAAAGUUCAGCACAACAGGAGUAUGCUUUGCAACUCCAGAAACGAGAGCAUUUUCUAACAGAGCGAGAAGCAUUGGUUUUUAGACAUGAAGCAGCUUUGGCUAAAAUAAGAGGUGUUGAGGAAGAAGUUCACACAAAAUUUGGAAUUAUGAAAGAGCAACAUGAGGCAGAAGUUAAACAGCUGACAGAAGCCUUGAGAGAAAUAACUAAAGAAAAUAGGAGACUGAAGUCAUCAUUUGACACCUUGAAGGAAAUGAAUGACUCUUUAAGAAAACAGUUAAGUGAUGUAACUGAGCUGAACAAGAAGUUGGAAGGUCAAGCAAGAAAAGUACAAGCUCGUUUAGAGAAUCUACAAAGGAAGCAUGAAUUUUUAAUGAUACAGAAGUCGAAGGAUAUAUGUCAAGUGGUGCAACAAAGUAAACCUGUCAAGCAAGAAAGAGUGAUGGUAACAUCAAAAAUUGCUAAGCUACCAUUGAAUUCUCAAGUUUAUGAGCUCUUAACUUUUCUUAUGGAUUGGAUCUCAGACCAGCAUCUUAGCAAAAUAAAAAUACAAGAAGAAAGAGAGGACAGUCAUAAACUUACCCAGACCUUCAAAAAAACCCACACCCAGGAAAGGUGUAUGAAGAUUUUGCCUAUAGCUACUGAGCAACUCCAGUGGAUGCCAUUUUUGAAUCCUAAGCUACACAUGCCUGUGAUUAAAUUUAUUUACUGGACUGUAAGACAGCUAGACAGUGGUACUCAGCAUGCAACAAUGACAUCAACAAUGAGGAGACUUGGUGAAGACAUUUUCAAAGGUGUAAUAAGUAAGGGAAACCCACAUAGUUCUUCUGAACAGUCUACAGAGAGUAAAUCAAAAUCAGCAGCUUUCUUUAAGAGUUCCUGUAUGCCUUUGAGGUUUCUGUCAACUUUAAUUGUGCUUAAAACAGUGACACAAGUGGAUUACCUGGCUCAAGCAUUUGAUUCCCUUCGCAUAGACUUGAAGACAGAUGAAGGGAAGGCCUUAUUUUUGGAAUACCAAUGUGUGCCUGUCAUACUAAGUCACUUAAAAGUAUCCAGUAGAGGUCUGCUUUCCAGUGCUCUUGAUGGAUUACUUCAGAUGACCAUGGAAUCUGAUUCCUCACAGCCUUUCCUGGAAGCCUGCAGUAAUGAAUCCUUCUUCCGUACUUGCUCUGUGUUGCUUCGAAGUUCCAAGCUAGAUAUUCCGAUUUUGGAAAAGCUCUGUGCUAUACUGCAAAAACUCUCCAGAAUAAAAAGCAAUAAGAAGAUGUUUGAAUUGUUUACUCUUCACCAUAUGAUCCAAGAGCUACAUAGGACUACAAAUCCAGAUCAUGCUUUCCUCUGUAUAAACCUCAAUUCAAUUCUGUUGAAUUUGGGAUUGUCAAGGAGUAACUCUGGAGUUACCUCCAGUCUAAGCACAAGUCACUAG